AGAUGGGAAAAACUCGCGGCGUGAACGUAGCCGCCAUUUUACAUCCUCCAGAGUGAAAGAGUGGAGCCGGAGCAGCGGCGGGGAUUUCGACUCUUUUUUCUCUUCACGUUUCCCUCCCAUUCAGUACAGUUCAGUGGUCUAUCAUCAGAUCUGGAGACAUGGCCACAGAGCAUAUAAAUGGCAACGGUACUGAAGAACCAAUGGAGACCACUGCUGCAGUUACCCAUUCAGAGCACUUCCAGACUUUAUUAGACGCUGGUUUACCAAAAAAAGUUGCAGAAAAACUAGACGAAAUUUACAUAGCAGGGUUGGUAUCACACAGUGACCUAGAUGACCGCGCAAUCGAAGCCUUGAAGGAAUUCAACGAGGAGGGUGCCCUGCAAGUACUACUGCAGUUUAAGGAUAGCGAUCUCUCACAUGUUCAGAACAAAAGUGCCUUUCUGUGUGGAGUGAUGAAGACAUACAGACAGAGGGAGAAGCAGGGGACCAAAGUGUCAGAAUCCAGUAAAGGACCAGAUGAAGCUAAAAUAAAAGCUCUUCUUGAGAGAACUGGUUACACGCUUGAUGUAACAACAGGUCAGAGGAAAUAUGGUGGUCCACCUCCAGAGUCUACCCACUCAGGAGCACAGCCCACCAUUGGCACAGAGAUAUUUGUGGGGAAAAUCCCGAGGGAUCUCUUUGAGGAUGAGCUGGUCCCCCUGUUUGAAAAGGCAGGUCCCAUCUGGGACCUGCGUCUGAUGAUGGACCCACUCAGUGGCCUGAACAGAGGCUAUGCCUUUGUCACCUUCUGCACUAAAGAGUCUGCCCAGGCGGCAGUUAAGCUGUGUAACAAUAGUGAAAUCCGACCUGGCAAACACAUUGGCGUGUGCAUCUCUGUGGCCAAUAACAGACUGUUUGUCGGCUCCAUCCCGAAGAGCAAAACAAAAGAACAGAUUGUGGAGGAGUUCGCAAAAGUCACCGAGGGUCUUAAUGAUGUCAUCCUGUACCAUCAGCCAGACGAUAAGAAGAAGAAUAGGGGCUUCUGCUUCCUGGAGUAUGAAGACCACAAGACGGCCGCACAGGCACGGCGCAGGCUCAUGAGCGGCAAGGUCAAGGUCUGGGGCAACGUGGUGACUGUGGAGUGGGCGGAUCCUAUUGAGGAUCCUGACCCUGAGGUCAUGGCCAAGGUCAAGGUAUUAUUUGUGCGAAACCUGGCAAGUACUGUAACAGAAGAUAUACUUGAAAAGACAUUCAGCCAGUUUGGUAAACUGGAACGGGUGAAGAAGCUGAAAGACUACGCCUUCAUCCACUUUGAGGAGAGAGAAGGAGCCGUGAAGGCACUUGCUGACAUGAAUGGCAAGGAGCUGGAGGGAGAACAGAUCGAAAUUGUUUUCGCCAAGCCCCCAGACCAGAAAAGGAAAGAGCGCAAGGCGCAGAGACAAGCAGCCAAGACACAGAUGUAUGAUGACUAUUAUUACUAUGGUCCCCCACACAUGCCUCCCCCAACGAGAGGCAGAGGACGGGGUGGACGAGGAGGCUACUCCUACCCCCAUGACUACUACGGUUACGAAGACUAUUACGAUUACUAUGGCUAUGACUAUCACAACUACCGCGGUGGCUAUGAGGACCCCUACUAUGGCUAUGACGACUUCCAAGCCACAGGUCGGGGCAGAGGAGGGCGGGGUGCCCGCGGGCCCUCCAUGUCCCGGGGUCGAGGAGCCACUGCCACGCCCAGGGGAAGGUCCACCUACUCCCAGCGCGGAGGUCCUGGAACCAGCAGAGGAGCACGUGGCUCCAGGGGAGGGUCCCAGCAGAGAGGCCGUGUGGCCCCAUGUGGAAGGAAUGGACCAAAGGGAAAAGGGGUCGAGGCUGGUCCUGACCAGUUACUAUGAAGACUGACUUGUUACAUGGGGUUACACCGGAAGCUGCCAAUGAUAUGAUGGUAAGGUCGACGCAAUGGUCCAAUGAUAUUCCAGCCUUACAGAAGCAUAUCUCCCAUACUGCCACCCUACGAAUCAACGGAAAUUCAGAAAGCAACAUGCUUGGACUUACUCUACUCAUUGAUGGAAGCCUAGCAUUUAAAACAUUAUAUAUAAACAUGCCACCCUCUGUCAAAUGCCCCAACGCCCCCAAGGAUGCCAUUUUAAAUCAUUGAAGUUCAGUUAUCCUAAAGGAUACUGAAAUGUCAAAUGAAUUUUGCACUUUUUGUUUUUAAAAGUUUUUAAGUUUGAAGUGGCUCAAAGGAGCUUGAUGCUAUUGUAUAUUUUUGUGCUAAUUGCAAUUUUAUUGUCCGAAAUAUCCAUGUUGAUCAAAAUUGAUACAAAUUUUAAGAAAGAAAAUAGGUAAUUAAAAUCUGCAGGUUUUUGGUGUAACCACCUUGCAUGGAUAAGUCAGGCAUUCCAGGAAAGUGGUUCUUUUCAGAACUUGUCUUUAAAGGGUUGGUGUACUACCUCAGUACAGAGGAUUCAACUACCCUGCCUGUACUGUAAAUAGGGAAACUUAUAUUGAUGAAAGCAAGGCUUGUUUACCAUUUAAAUAUGCACAAAGGCAGCAGCCAGGCAGAUGUACUUAAUGUAAUAUAGUCAUUUAGCUGUUGCCCUGACACUGCGAACAGUCUAACUGGGCAUGCAAAAUCUCAUAUGAUGAGCCUAAACAAGCCUUGCUUUCAUCGUAUUUUUGAACUGAAUUAGCUGCCUUGCUUGUUCAGCUGUAGUUACUGGUGUAUGAUUGUAUAAUAGUUUGGAAUAAGAUGUUACUUUUUUUGUAAUGGCUUGAACAUCACAAAGGCAUCUGAGUGCUUUUGAAAAAAGCCCUGCAGUGUCCCUUUUCUCCUCAGCCAGACAGGUUUUUACUUUUGGAUUUUAUUUUACGUUUUCCUACUUAGCAGUGGAGCAUUGUGAGGGUCACAACAACCAAUUAUGUCCAGUACCAUUAAAUCAUCCCUGUGUGUUGAGGUUUGAAAAUCUUAAUCAUGAACAACUGGUAAACACACCCACGCCUAAGCCAACUGCCUUUUGGUUUGUAUUGGACCGACAAGAGGCCUGAGUUUUUGCCUUGGGUUUAAUACAGGCCUGAUUCAGUUGACUGGUAAGGUGUAGGGUCAUUCAAUGGAAAAAGGGAUGCUGCAGCUAUGGUUUCUAUUCCAUGUUCUUUAGCCAAAAAGGAAGACUGAACCAUACACCCGGUUUUGUACACAGGUAUUAACUCCCUCUCAAUAAAGCUGUAUCCAUACAACCUUUUGAAAAAGAUGUUAGCAGUUUUAAACUAUUGUUGGUGGCCAACAACGUUUUUGCAUUCCUGCAAAUAAAUGUUUUAUACUGUAAAAUGAGGUUGAGUGUAACUUAUUUUUGUAAUAAAGUUGUUUGAUUUUUA